AUUUUUCAGUUUUUUUUUUUUUUUUUGGUUUUUCUCUUUCUUUCUCUUCUUCCUCGAGUUUUCCAGAACUAGAGAGAGAGAGAAAGAAAAAUUAUCAUACAUUUAAAUUCUGCUUGUUUGGGGGAUUUUCAUUUCACAUUGAUUUUUCCUAGACAUUCUUGGAAAAAUUUUCACAGGUUUAAGAUUCUUGGGUAUUUUUUUGGUUUUCUUAAGGAAAAAAAAUAAAAAUUUCCCAAGAAAAUUAUAGAGCUAAUUGACUUGCAUUUUUCUUUGCUGAAGAGAUCUAUUCUUUUGAGCUUUGGCAGGUUCUAUAUUUUUGGGUCACAACCAGUUCUUUUGGCCAGACAACUGGUCUUUGCGUGGUGGUUUUUCUUGAAGAGUAAGAUUGUUGGGUUCCAUUUUUUACUUCUAUAAGACGCAAUUGAUUCUGCCCAGAAAAGUUUGAAGUUUCUGUCUUUGUGAGAGACUUUAGUAAAUUUGUUAUCUUUGUCUCUCUCUCCCUCUCUCUCUCCACGAGUGUUCGCUGUUGGGAUUGGACUCGUGUAAUGCUGGGGUCAGAGGUUCCUAAAACGGGGUCUAACAACCUUUGUCUCAAUUGGGUAUCUCUGAUUUUCGACACAGAUCGCAAAGAAUCAAAGUUCACGGAGAUCUAGAGCCUCUUUGAUUUUGAUUUUUGUUCAGUUCCGUACAUACAUAUAUAUAAAUUCUUUUGCAAACUAGUUGAAGAUGAUGAGAAUGAAGACUAAGACCACAGGACUUGGACCAAUGAAUGGUAGCUCCGCUGGUGGUGGUGGUGGUGGAGCUGAGCCAGGAGGCGCAGCUAAUGAGUGGGAGCUAAGGCCAGGAGGAAUGUUGGUUCAGAAACGAACCUCGGAGUCUGAUCGAAACUCGGUUCCGGCACCGACAAUUAGAGUUAGGGUUAAAUACGGGUCAAUCUACCAUGAAAUCAAUAUUAGUUCUCAAGCUACAUUUGGAGAGUUGAAGAAAAUGUUGUCCGGGCCAACAGGGUUACACCAUCAAGAUCAAAAGCUGCUAUACAAAGAUAAAGAGAGGGAUUCAAAUGCGUUCCUAGACAUGGCUGGGGUGAAGGACCGAUCGAAGAUUGUGGUCAUGGAGGACCCUAUUAGUCAAGAAAAACGAUACCUCGAGAUGAGACGAAAUGCGAAAAUGGAAAAGGCAUCAAAAUCUAUCUCAGAAAUCAGCUUGGAGGUCGAUAGACUUGCUGGACAGGUGUCGGCUAUGGAAACUAUAAUUAAUAAAGGUGGAAAAGUUGUGGAAACCGAUGUGCUUACUCUUACUGAGCUAUUGAUGAAUCAGUUGCUUAAAUUAGAUGGAAUUAUGGCUGAUGGAGAUGUGAAAUUGCAAAGAAAAAUGCAGGUGAAAAGAGUGCAAAAGUAUGUUGAAACUCUAGAUAUGUUGAAGGUUAAAAACUCCAUGGCCACCAGCAAUGGAAUUCAAAAACCAAUUCAGAAUCAUCAGAGGCAAUCUAAUGGGCACAGACUCGUGCCGAUCCACGAGCAUUCCAAUGGGCAAAGACUAACACCAAUUCUAGAGCAGCAGCCAAGGCAUUCAAUUGGGCAUUCGCCAGUGCAUCAGCAGCUACAACAGCAGCAAGCAAGGCAUUCGACAUCAGGGGUAGUUGUUACAACCAAAUGGGAGACAUUUGAUUCUACCCCUGCAUUAAUUCCAGUCUCUUCAUCCACGACUGCCUCAGCCCCCAAUAACUCAGUCCAACCUAAGUUCAAUUGGGAAUUCUUCGAGUAAGUCAUACACCACGUAUUUGUUUAUGUUUGUGUGGAUGUGAUUUGGGCUUGUCUUUUACUUGGUUUGUUAUCCUUUCUUCAUUCUUUUCUGUAUCUAGAUUUUGUUGAGCACCCCCUUUAGUCUGUUAUUUGGUUCACCAGAAAAUAAAUGGGGUCAGUACCAUAGUGAUUAUAACAGAUUUGUUGUUCUCUUA